CGCUUCAAGGGCUGCUCCACGCUCGUCAGACACGAGAGGUUGCACACGGGGGAGAGACCGUAUGGGUGUCCCGAGUGCGGGAAAAGCUUCGGGAUGAGCGGCGACCUCGUCGCCCACCAGCGUUUCCAUACGGCGGAAAAAAAACCCUACAAGUGCCUCGAGUGCGGGAAGGGCGUCGGGCAGAGCUCGGACCUCAUCGCGCAUCGCCGAACCCACGCCGGGGAGAAGCCCUACCCGUGCCCGGCGUGCGGGAAGCGGUUCGGUAGGAAAUCCAACCUGACGGUGCACCCAGCAAGUGCGCGGCGCCGACGGCCUCCGCAAACGCCGGCAGCGUGGAAGGAGCUUGCCGGAGGACUCGGCUCUUUCGAUCCGUCGCGACGUCUUGAUGGAGGACAGCGCUGGCCCGCGCUCAGCCCCGCCGAGCAUCAGCAGCGACGCAGAGGAGAAAAAAAAACAUUGAAUUCCUGGGUGGGAGUGGGGGAAAAAAAGAGACGGGCUGGAGAAAAAGCUCAGACUUUCCAAGAUGUAGGAGGAAAAGCGCAGAAGAAACAGGCGCUGGCAUACGGAAAGUGCGGGAUCUUUGCGUUCCACAUCGGCGUCAGCAAGGACCGGGCGGGAGAAUACCUGUAUAUGUGUUUCGGAGUAAAACAUGAACUUAUUUACUAA